GUGCCUUGUGGUUCCUUCACCAGAGAGAUGACAGAUUCUGCUGAAAGCAAAGGUGGAUAUAAAACCAUACUGGUCACUACCAAGGACAAGAUCACAAAAAUAACAUUGAAUCGUCCCCACAAAAAAAAUGCGCUUAACCUCGUGAUGUAUAGAGAAAUUCAGCAAGCAUUGGAAGAAGCAGCAAAGGAUGACAGCACCUUAAUUGCUAUAACAGGAUGUGGUGAUUACUUCUCUAGUGGAAAUGAUCUUUAUGAUAUUGGCAAAAAUAUGUCUGAAAUACAGAAAACUAAUGGGAAAUGGCUGAAGGACCUUAUUGGUCAUUUUAUUGACUUUCCAAAGCCACUAAUAGCAUUGGUAAAUGGCCAUGCCAUUGGCUUAGCUGUUGCUCUUCUUGGCCUGUGUGAUAUUGUGUAUGCUUCAGACAAGGCAGUGUUUCAGACUCGAUUCACCCAACUUGGUUUAUGUCCAGAAGGAUGCUCAAGCCACACUUUCCCUAAGAUAAUGGGUGCUACAAAGGCAAAUGAGAUGCUUAUUUUCAACAAGAAGAUAACAGCGGAGGAAGCAUGUGUCCAAGGACUUGUGACUGAAGUUUUCUCCGAUAGUGCUUUCCAGGGAGAGGUUUGGACAAGAUUGAAAGCAUAUGCAAAUCUUCCUAAAAAUUCUCUAGCCGUCUCCAAACAAUUAAUAAGAAGUGGGGAAAAAGAAAUUUUGCAUGCUGUUGCUUCACGAGAGUGUGACCUGCUUGUGAAAAGAUGCUUUGCAGCUGAAUUCUUGAAUAUCCUAAAAAACUUUGUUCAGAAGUCAAAAUUAUGAUCUCAAUUGAAUAACAUUUCCAACAUCCAUAUAAUGCAUGUUUUUGUUCUGUCCAUAUUUUAAUUUUUUCCUGAAACUUUAACCGAGUUAGGGAUGAUGUAUUAUGUGGUGUUUACGAUAGCAAUGUUACUUGGAAUGUUUCUCCUCCAAUAGAUCUCAUUAUUUGCAUGGUCUAUGCAAAUAAAAUAGCCAGUCAGAAAAAAACAAUGGGAUAUAUACUUAUAUAAAUGGAUUGUAUCCCAAUGUGAUAAGAUCCCAAUUUUCUCCAAAGAACUUCUUUUAAGGUGGGCUUUGAGCUUGGGGAAGAAAAAGAAAGUGAAGGGAGCCAAGUCAGGACCGUAAGGUGGGUGGGCAAGCACUCAGAACAGCCUUCAAAAGAAUAGCUACAUUGGCCUUGGUUCUUGAAGUUGAAGGAUGCUACUCUAGACUCAGACAAAAACCACUAUAUACCUUGUUAAUGUACCAAUUGUGGACACAACUGAAAAAGGUCAAACUGCCUAAACCCCUACUUUCCUUUUCUAGUCCUUCUGUGCUGUACAUAAAAAAUCACUCCAUACUUUUGGGAUAGACCACAUAUAUAGUUUAUGUGUAAUGUACAUGAUGAGAGUUUCAGUUCAAACACAAUUUGAUAGAUCAUAUAUAAGGAUAAAGUGAGAGCCCGCAUGGUACCAUGACACAUAAUAUUUAGUUCUAAAAGAUACAUUACCAUAACAUUUUUUCCCAAGUAUUCUUAGUUCUCCUGUGAAAAAUAUGGUAGUAUCCUCAAGUUAGCAGAUUUUAGUGGGGGAGCCACUUUCACUUAGUAAUCCAGGAAAUGUCUCUUUCAUUCCAAACUUCUGGUUAAUAUAACUGUGGACAUUUCACUGCUUUGUACAAAGCAUUUGAAUUUCAUUUUCUCCAGACUUUCCAUGGUCUGCUGCUUACACAGCUAUCUUAUUCUCCUUCACUGGAUUUUCCCAUUUCUGAAUUUACUUGAGUAACUGAUUCACAAUUGUAGAGCUACGUUAAGUUCUUUUAAGCUUUAUGCUGUAUGCCUUACCUUCUUACUCUCUGUAGGAAUAACACAUUUUUUAAAAGAGCUUUGGUUUAUUUGAUGUUUAAAUAGCCUCUCUAGAACAAUGAUAAAUAUUUGAUGGGUCAGAGUAAGCAUUACGGGUACUUUUGUGCAAUAAUCAGUCCUUUUACUCAACAGAUGGAGAGUUCAAACAGUGAACUCACUUUUCUGUCUUAAAAUACCGGGAUGACCUACUUAUUAAUAAGAAUUAAAAAAAGAAAACCCUAUAUCCCUGAAGGGGGAAAUAGCACUUUACACAGAUUCAAGGCAAAAGUUCCCUUUUUAUCUGUGCAUCUAGAAAAGCAUUUUCCACAUACCAUUAUUAAGCCCCCAGAAAGAUUUAUAGUUCAUUAAGAGACCAUAAACAAAUGUAUGUUUUUUUCCUUUCUAUUAAAAACCCUUCCCAGAGAUCCAAAGUUACAAAAUUCUGAAGAUGUAAAGGAUUGGGAAUGGACCUGGCAGCAGCUGUACCCCUUAGACCAGGGGUCCCCAAACUAAGGCCCGGGGGCCGGAUGCGGCCCUCCAAGGUCAUUUACCUGGCCCCCGCCCUCAUUUAUAAUAUAAUAUUUUAUAUCAGUUUUAAUAAUAUAAUAUAUUGUAUAUACAUAUGAUAUUGAUAAUAAUAUCAUCAUUUUAUACAAUAUAAUAUUAAUAAUAAUACCAUAUAAUAAUAUUAAUUACAUGUUAUAUAUUACAUAUAAUAUUACAGUAUAGUGGUAUAAUUCAAUAUAGUAAUAUAGAAUGCUAAUAUUGUGCUAUGAUAAUAAUAUAAUAUAUUGUAUGUACAUACAGCUGCUCUGAGUUCACUUCAGAGUGAGAACGGUGGGAUAUAAAUGUAGUAAAUAAAUGUAGUAAAUGAAUAAAUAAAUAAUUUUGGACUUAGGCUUGCCCAAAGUCUGAAAUGACUUGAAGACACACAACAACAACAACAAUCCUAAUUAACUUGACUAUCUCAUUGGCCAGAAGCAGACCCACACUUCCUAUUGAAAUCCUGAUAGGUUUAUGUUGGUUAUUUUCAUUUUUAAAUAUUGUAUUGGUUUUUAAUUGUUAUUGCUGUUGUUUUGCACUACAAAUAAGAUAUGUGCAGUGUGCAUAGGAUUUUCUUUUUCAAAUGAUAAUUUGGCCCCUCAACAAUCUGAAGGAUGGUGGACUGGCCCUCUGCUUUAAAAGUUUGAGGACCCCUACCUUAGACUCUAUUGUGUCUAUACAUUUAAUAAAUUGUAUCAAUUUAUGUUUUUUGUGUAACUUAUAUCUUUCUUUCUUACCGAGUACUGUAUCAAUUUCUUAUAUAUUAACUAUUUCUUAUUUUUACCAAAAUAGUAACUUGAAGACAGCCACGUCUUCAUCACUCCUGCUUAUAUAAUUUCCUGGGAAAGGGGAUAUUAGCCAGAUCCCUCCAGCUAUUUCCCAAGCCAGAUAAAUAUCAAAACCACUGUGUGUAUGCAUAGAUUGAUUAUCUUAUUUACCAGCAAAAUAAACUCAGGAUGUUUGUCCACUUAACCUGAGGCUGAGAGUCUGCUGUUCCCGCAGAACUGGGGACUUAGUUUAUGUGCAUUCAUGAACUUCCUAUAUUGACAACUAAGUCCUUGAUUCCCUAAGAUUUUGUUUCUCAUGAAACUGGAUGUUUGAGCUACCCACAAACUCAUCAGUAUAUCUACUAUUGUUUCUUCACGAACUAUGCCCUCCUAGGGGGUGUCUCUACAGCAGAUUGACUCCUCGCAUAGACCAAUCCCCAUCUACCAUUCUUCCCACCAUGGAAAUCCCCACCAGUAGGCUGUGAUGUUAAGGGAACUCCCAGCUAAUCCUGGCGCAGAUCUUGACUGGCCUCUUUCUCAGCCAAUCAGGAGAGGGAGCGGGAAGUCUGAAUAGCUGUCAGAACUGUCUUGCAUUUCUCUGUAUGUUUAUACUUGUACCUUUUGAAGCAAAUUGCUUGUACUUGCAUCCUUCUAUGUCAAACUGUAAUAAAUCUAUAUGGUUUGUUUUCAA